CCCCGCUCCUCCCUCCUUUCCUCCAGUUUUCUCACUCCCUCCUUUCUAGGUACCACACCCAGCUCUCCUCCCGUCCCAUCCUCGGGCUCUCCCGCCUGGCGGCCGUUUUCCCUCGAUCCGAGCAUCAUCUGGGCUCGCCUGGCCUCGGAGCCGUCCUGCUCUCUUAGAAACGGGCCUUCUCCCCACCGCCCCCUGCAACUCUUCCAACCAUGCCGGUCACCCGUUCUAAAUCCGUGGGCAACACCAGCGCCCUGACUUCUCGGCUGGGCAUCAUCCGUAUCUUGGAAGCCAUCUUCACCUGUGUGGCCUUCAGCCUGGUGGCCCAUGAGGGCUACACACUCCGAGAUCAUCAAAAUUAUGGGGACUGGUGCAUGUUCGCGUGGUGUUUCUGCUUCGCCAUCACCAUCAUCAUCUUGGUGGUGGAGUUUGUCGGCCUUCAGCAUCGGGUGCCGGUCUCCUGGAGGAAUUUCCCCAUCACGUUUGCCAUGUACGCCACCUUGCUGUGCCUUUCCGCCUCGAUCAUCUUCCCAGUGGCCUAUCUUCAGAAGGGGUACCCCGCCUCUCGCGAACAGCGUGGGUACCGCAUCGCUGCCACGGUCUUCUCUUGCCUGGCCUGCCUGGCCUACUCCACCGAGGUCACCAUGACCAAAGCCAAGCCAGGAGAAGUCACGGGCUACAUGGCCACAGUUCCUGGGCUUCUCAAGGUGGUGGAGACCUUCAUUGCCUGCAUCAUCUUCGUCUUCCUCAACAGGAACGAUUACGAAAGGGAGGAUGCGCUCAAGUGGUGCUUGGCCGUCUACUGCAUCUGUUUCAUCCUCUCCCUGGUGGUCAUCAUCCUUUGCAUCGGCGAAUGCACCGGCUGGCUGCCGUGUGCCUUCAACACGUUCCUCAGCGCUUACACCCUCUUGGCCGUGCUCAUGUACGCCACAGCCACCGUCAUUUGGCCCAUCUAUCAUUUCGACAGGAAGCACGGCGGAACCCCCGAUCGAUAUUGUUCUGGGAGCCAGUUCUGCGACUGGGACAAAUAUGUCACCAUAGCCGUCCUGACAGCCCUCAAUCUGCUGGUGUACCUUGCUGACCUGGUGUAUUCCGCACGGCUGAUAUUCAUCCAGGGAUAGACGGGUGCAGGAGGCAGUGAGCAGCUGGACAGAAAGGGUCUGGAGGGAGGAAUUAAAACAGAAAGGGAAGGGAAUAAAAGUGUUUUGGUCCUGUUCCCCCCCCCCUUCUGUUUUCA